GCUAUCACGUGACCUUGCGUGCGCCCGCAUCGGGAACGCGCCCGCCUGAGGUGGCGGUCGGCGUGCUAGGCAGAACCAGCUGAAAUGGCGGCGACCAGAACAUGGAGGUUUCCCUAUAUUUCGCUGCUGCGCGCCCUCCCGCAUUUUACAAGGUCUUUAGCCCUGUUUAAGCACCCCCCCUACCCCAGGUGCGCCGUACAGAGCUGCACCAAAUCACUGCUGCAGUGUAGGGCCGCUGUCAGCCUACUGCCAGUGCGGCGGCUGUAUGUUCAGACGCAGGACACGCCCAAUCCCAGGAGCCUGAAAUUCAUGCCUGGCAGAGCUGUCAUGGGCACCGGGACGUUGAGCUUCCCCAGUGUCAGUCAUGCCAAGAGCUCACCGCUGGCCAGUGAGAUUUUUAAGGUGGAGGGAGUGAAGGCAGUGUUCUUCGGUCCUGACUUCAUCACAGUGACAAAGAGGGACGAUGAUGUGCAAUGGGCCGACAUCAGGCGUGGCGUCAUCGGGGCUGUGACGGAAUUCUUCCAGAGCGGAAGCCCCAUAACUACGGGGGAGACAGACACACACAGCGCUCCUUUGGAAGAGGAUGAAGAUGAAGUGGUGUCUAUGAUCAAAGAGCUGCUGGACACCAGGAUCAGGCCCACAGUGCAGGAGGAUGGCGGUGAUGUCAUCUUCAAGGGCUUUGAGGACGGCACGGUGCGGCUCAAACUACUGGGCUCCUGCACGGGCUGCCCCAGCUCCACGCGGACGCUGAAAAGCGGCAUCGAGAACAUGCUGCAGUUCUACAUCCCCGAGGUGGACCACGUGGAGCAGGUGGAGGAUGAAGUGGAUGAAAUCAGCAACAAAGUGUUCAGCGAUCUGGAGCGCAAGUUAAACGACUCGUAGGCUGCUGCUGGACCCUCACACCUUUAUUUUUUCCCUCGAAAAGAGGACUGCCGCGAUCUUGCUGUUUAUGUUGCACAUAUUUUGGUUGUGGACUGACCCCCCCCCCCCCCCGCCUGGUGCCUUGUGCUGCCCUUUUUGUGGUACAGCUACUCCCAGACUCCCCCUGGACCCUGAGCAGGAUAAGCAGUUGGAAGGUGACUAAAUGUUACAUGUAAGAUAGCAUCUGAGGUGAAUGUACUUGAAAUAUGUUGUAUAUAUUGCUAAAUGUAUUCUUAAAGCCUUUGUUUGCACUGGAUACUGUAACAGCAUAUGUAAAAAAAAAAAAAAAGUUGAUUUAAAUAAAUUAACUUGGAAUGACUAAAUUAAAAUCUUGUUAAUAGGG